CUACCCAACCGCCUCUCAGCAAACCUGUCAGUCUUCGAGCGCUAUGGCGACGUAGUGGCGCUACCCCAUAGGUUGACCUCGCCGCGGUUCCCUACAAUUUAGCCCUGUGUAGCGCCUGAUAGCUAACCAUGGACACCAGCAUUCCAUUUCCGCGACCUAUCAACGCGCGGGGCCCUGCUCCGGGCCAGACUCCAUCUCAAUUGAGCUCGCUGCCCCCGAGCCUUCAAGCGCGGCUCGGACUGGGCGCCACGCACGACUCGCCUGUUCUGCUUCCACUACUCCAGCAGGUCGAGGCUUCUCCUACAACCGGCAUUCAUCAGCUGUGCCCGCCGCUGUUCCAGCCAGCUCAGCCGGCUCGGGUGCCCCUGCCGAUUCCAGCCCGAACGGAGGCGGCCUCGGCAGCGCCAGAGCCCACUCGGGCCAUUAAACGCGAGUACGAGCCCCGCGCUGGAAAUGGCAAACAGUCAGUGGCCAACUCGGACGGCUGGCAGUGGCGGAAGUACGGCGAGAAGCUGGUGAAGGGCAGCCCGAACCCGCGCAGCUACUACAAGUGCAGCCAUCCGGGCUGCCUGGCCAAGAAGAUUGUUGAGCGCUCCGACUCGGACGGCACAGUGCUGUCCACGGAGUACAAGGGGGAUCACUGCCACCCGGCGCCCAGCGCCGUCAAGGCCUCACGCUUCAAGCCGAAGCCCAAGACGGAGCCGCCGGUCAUGGUUGCACCGCCAGUGUUCAGUGCCGUCGACAUCACGGUGCCCAACGGAUUUCCGCCGGGCGCGAACGGGCGGGUCGGCUUUCCGCUGUCUGGCGGUGACAUGCUCCCCAUCCCGGAGGCGCUGAAGAGCGACUUCCCAGUGCCGCACGCUGCUGGUGCGGCGGCCGCACACGAGGACGACACGGACACAAGUGAACCGGAGCCCGCUGCGGCGCUGAAGGCGGCGCCACAGGACACUCGUGCUGCGCAGGCUGCCGCCACUGCUAUCCGCAAAGUCCGCGACAGCGCUGAAUCGCCGAGCAAGCGCCUCGACAUGCUGGCAGCGUACGCUGAGGAGGCGGAGCGCCAGCUCAAAUCAAGCAGCAACAGCCCGGAGCAAGGCCCCAGCGCCAAGCGCCAGCGGACAGAAGCUGGGGCUAUGCGGACGCGCGCCAAUCCCGACGAUGACGACGAUGGCAGCGGCGCACCUAGCACGUCGGGCAUGCAGCGUGUGGUGGACAUCACCAACAUGGACGAUGGCUACAGGUGGCGCAAAUACGGCCAGAAGCAGGUGAAGGGCAGUCCCUUCCCCCGCGCGUACUACAAGUGCACGCACAUGGGCUGCUCGGUCCGCAAGCACGUGGAGCGCAGCGCGGAGGACGAGACACGGUUCGUAGUCACGUACGAGGGCACACAUAGCCACCGGCUACCAACCGGGAGCCGGCGGCGGAGCGCCAGGGAUAUGGCGGAAGAUGACGAGGAUUACGAGGGCGAGGACGCCGAGGAGGACAGCUCGCAGCCCACCAGCCCGCAGUACGGCAAUGUCAACGGUUCGGGGGGUCCGGGCCAGCACGCAGCCUCCAAGGCCGCGGCGCAGGGCGCGCAGCUGGUGCACCCGUCGGGUGCGCAGCCGGCCAGCGCGGACUUCGGCCAGCAGCUGCAGCAGCUCUCGACCAGCCUGCUGGCGUCCACCGUACUGCAGCAGGCGGCACUGAGCGGCGUGCUGCCGCUGCUGCAGUACAACUCGCUGUCGUCGGAGGCGCUCGCCAGCCUGGGCGUGAACUCGGAGGCGCUCCAGGGCGUGGAGCAGCUCAACCUCGCGUCGGUCGGCAACUUAGCCGACUUGACCAACCUUCUUCGCCAGCACGCGCAGAUGGACCUGGCGCUGGCAGCGCAGGCUCAGGCCAUCGACGCGGCGAACGCGAACUGGGACCCGCUGGCGUGCCUUAUCACGCCACGGCCCAACGUCUCGCCGGCGGGCCAGGGUCACGCCAUGGGCCAGGCGCCGUCCGCGGGCACUGGCCGGCAGACUAAAGCAGCUGUGUUUCAGAAGCAAGUGGCGACUACUGAAGCGUGAGCAGGACCCGCACAAAGGAGCUCCGCUUGUUAGGCAGGUAAUAGAGCGCAGCAGCCAGGUGCUGCUGCCAUCUACGCAGGAUGUCAGAUGCAGAUGAGCAAAAUGGCCAGCGGGUUACGUAGACGGCCAGUGCCGCCACCAUGGGCUGGGAUGGUCGUGAGGCAGCGAGGAAGCUUUUCGGUAUGGCAUGUUUGUCAGUAUAACUUGAAUGCGUGUGCGUAUGUGUUUGUCCUUGAGUGCUCGCUCAUCCGGUGCUGCGGGGCCCUACAUCGUAGACCGGUUCAGCUCGUGGGUUCAGCUCCAGCUGGCAGUUUGUUGCUCUACACGCACGAGCGCCGGUAGGGUGACUUGGCGGAAGCCUCAUGUGGGAAUUCAGACGGCAAUAAGUAUUAGGUCCACGGCAGAGUGCUGCGUAGUUUGAUUGUGAGGCAGGGAGGCGGGCAUAGGGAGUGUAGGCGGUGGUCAACGGCGGCGGGGUGGCGCGGAUGAAAGGCCCGCCGCGUGUUUGUCGCCUGCUGUUUCUGCAUUUGCUUUGUGAUGGUGGUGUGUAUACAGAGUUGAUUUACUAGCGAGAACUUUGCGCAGGCACGGCGAACGGCCACUUGGCCGAUUCUGAGUUCCCCGUCUGAACACUACUUCAGACUUCGCUCAGACUUGUAAUACAAUAGUGUU